CAGCAAUAUCGGCGUUCUUCAAAAUUAUGGACGUUGCUAAGUUUUUGGAGAGAAUCAGGAUACUAAUGUUUAAUAUGAAUGUACUUUUCACCAGUAUAAAUUGAUGGCCUCCGCUUGCAGGUUCUUUCCCAAUGAAUGCUUCCUCUCAACUUCGGCGACAUGGGAAUUUUUCUUUAUUUUUGUGGGGUGGGGGGAGAACCGAAUGCUUGCUGCAGGGGAGGGAAAGUUUCCCGCUACCCAGAAUUAAGGGAGGUGGAAGUCUAUUUGCAUAUAGAGCUCGUGAUCCUGCAACCCACACCAAGUCUGAUUUGGAGAGAAGAAGAUUCUGUAACAAGUAUCCACCAGUUUGGAGAACAAAUGGCGCAAACUGGACGAGGUGGAGGCAGUAGAGGUGAGGGUGAUUCUAGCUCUAAUGACUCAACUCAGCCACCGAGCAUAGUUUUCAAGAUUGAAUUUUUGCAGCCAAUGCCAGAUGCCCCCACAAAUAGGGAAUUGAAUGAUAGCACUAGAGGGGACUCUGACGCAGUGCAAGUACCCUUAAACGGGCCUACUAAGAAACGUGGACGCGGGCCUGCCAAGUGCACUGAAUUUGAGAAGUUUCGGAAGCACGGAAAAAUACCUUUGAAAAUCAAUGGAGGGGAAACAGCACCAUGUUGCGAGAAUGCAACCAUGUUCACCACACGGGUGACAUGGAUAUUGAAACAUCAUGCGGAUAUGAGUUACGCACGAUGGACUGAUGUACCCAAGGCCGAAAAGGAUGAGCUGAUAGAACGAGUCCGGGAUGACUUCGAAUUGGAUUGGGAGUUAAAGAAUCACCAAUUGACAGUUUGGAAACAGCUUCGUAAGAGAUUCAAUGCCUUCCAUCAUGAGCUGCACAUGAAGUAUUUGAAGUAUGGCAGCCAUGAAGAAGCAUUAGCCAAUGGGACUAGCUUGGUCGAACCCCACAUUUGGGUUAAAUUAUGUGGGAGAUGGGGAAGUGAUGCCUUCAAGAAAAUGUCUGAACAAAAUAAAGAGAAUCGUAAGAGGCUGAAAAUUAAUCACACAGCGGGUCGCAAGUCAUUUGUGAGGAUCCUGGAGGAGAAGCGUUCGAGAAAUGAAAACUUGGUGAACUUCUACAAGGAUGUUCGUUGGUCUAAGAAGAAGGAUCAAUUCGUGACAUCCACCACAGAAGACCUUUACAAAGAGAUGGUUGGUAAGAUGGAUGAAUUAGAACCUGAACAACGUACUAACGAGGCAGCAGCUUCUAUUUUUAAGGAGGUCCUAGGAAGUAGACCAGGGUAUGAUAGAGGUCUAGGAGAGAUGGUCAUACCAGAGUCUACAAAACAAGCUGAGCGUGAACUGUGGAAAGAAUAUGCUGCUGCAGUGGAACGACAUAAAAAAGCGGCUGACUCUUACAAGAGUCAACUUGAGGAAUUGAGGGGAGAUGUGAGAUUACUGUUGGAAAGGCAACUUGAGUAUGAGAAGUUCAUAAACAGCUAUAUCUCGGAAAGACAAUCCCAUGGAGAGUCUCAUAGGGAGACUCAUGGGAUUGCUUAGUUCAAGCUGUAGAGUCUUGGUCCUUUGUUUUUUGUGUUUUUUGAGAGGGUUAUGAAUCUUAUGAUGGCAGGGUGUUAUUUUGAUAUAUAUAUAUAUAUAUAUAUAUAUUCGUGUGGGAGGAAUGGGGUGUUCCAUGGUGCUAUAUUUUGUUAGUUUGGGGCAUUAUUUUGAACUUAGUUGGAGUUUUGUGCCUCAACUUGGGGCAUUGAUAGGUAUGAACUUGGUUUGGGGCCCACAAUUAAAGUCAAGAAAUGUCUGGAUAUUCAUGUAGAGGAAGUUUAUCAUGGUUUUCGGUUUCCCUCUAACAUUAGAGAUUGGUGGAUAAAUGGACCCAGCCAAGCUGACACUAAUUAUAUGUAAAUGCAGAAGUUGCCACAUUUUUGGUGUCCAGACUACAUCAACUUGAGGCAGCCGAUUCAUGUGGGUGUAUAUAAACAGAAAUGAGAAGAGGGAGAGAAAAGUAGCAUCCCACAUUGGAGUUGUUGGUUUCAUUUAACAAAGUUGGCGAAUGAGUUCGAUGCUAGUUGAGCUAGAGUUCACUAUGAGAAAUGAUAUACUCCAGUUGCUGCUGAAGAACAUUCACCCAGCCCUGCCUUCAGAUGCUUUGUCAUUGCCUCAGUCAAGGUUGUUUAUGUUUACGCCUUAAUAUAUACGUAAGACUUAAUUCACUAGUUUCUUUCGUUAUAAUGUGUAUCUCCUUGUUACAUAUGGUGUCAGGUUCUUAUAAUUCCUUCCAAUAGGGUAUGAAAUUGGGGCCUAGAUGACAUGUAUUAGCUUUCCCAUCGUUGCCCCUUAUGUUGUCUGACAUUCCAGGAAUGAAGUGAUACCAUGUUUUACCGUGUUGUCGAUCACCCAUUUUCCUCUUGAUCCUAUGACUUUCUAUUAUACAGA